AACACAACAAAAAAUGCUACCCCUUUGCGUAAGGGAAGGGAUGAUUGACUGGCGAAGGAGAGAGUGAGAAACACACACAGCAGCAGUGUUGUUGCUGGAAGGGAUGGGAACAGCGGAGCGGGUGCCGCUGGCAGGGAGUCUGCGAGAUUGAGACUGUCAGUCAGGGUGCGUUUGACAUUUCAUUUCAUUUCAUUUUCAGACAUUGUCACAUCACAAUUUAUCUCGUGCGUCGGUCGAGUGCGGUCCGGUUUCGGGUAUAUUUGUUCGCAGCAGACGAAGACGUGUGUGAAGACGUGUGUGAGACGACAACACAGACCCAAAAGGCACGCGUCGAAGCAGUGUGUUGUGGUGCAGUGAUUGAAGUCGCGCUCAGGCACAAGUGCCGCGUUUGUGCAGAUGUUGAAGAUUGAAGUGAGCGUUUGAAGCAGUGUUGUUUGAAUGCAGUUAGAACAGUUAGUUGAUAGUGUGACGUUGUGCUUAAGUAGACGCACCCAGUGACAGUGAUUAUUUUUGAAACAUUUUGGUGUUUGUGUGAUUACUUGAGGUGUGAUUACUUGACCGGAGAUAGUGAGACAAGAACAUGGCCCUAGAAGAUCGCUGCAGUCCCCAGAGUGCUCCUAGUCCACCGCAUCAUCACCACAGUAGCCAGAGCCCGACGAGCACGACCACAGUUACGAUGGCAACGGCAAGUCCUGUGCCCGCCUGCACCACCUCCACCACCACCACCAGCACCUCUGGCGCUAGCGCGACUAGUUCGCCUACCCGCGACGAGAUGUCGCUAGUGGUACCGAUCUCUCCGCUGCACAUCAAGCAGGAACCGCUCGGCAGCGAUGGACCGAUGCCAGCGCAGCCACCUCACCACCACCAGCAUCCCCACCACCACCAGCUACCCCAUCAUCCCCAUCAUCAGCAUCAUCCGCAGCAGCAGCCCUCCCCGCAGACCUCCCCGCCCGCCAGCAUAUCCUUUUCCAUCACCAACAUCCUGAGCGAUCGGUUUGGCAAGGCAACGGCCGAACAGCAGCAGCAGCCCCAUCCGCAACCUCCUGCCAUCCGCGAACCGAUCAGCCCCGGACCGAUCCAUCCCGCGGUGCUCCUGCCCUACCCACAGCACGUGCUCCACCCCGCGCAUCAUCCGGCCCUGCUCCAUCCAGCGUACCACACCGGCCUUCACCAUUACUACCAGCCGUCGCCAUCGCAUCCACAGCCGAUUGUGCCCCAGCCUCAGCGAGCGACUCUGGAGCGAAGGGACAGCCUGUUCCGGCCGUACGACAUCAGCAAGAGUCCGCGCCUUUGCAGCAGCAAUGGAAGCAGCUCGGCCACCCCUCUGCCCCUCCAUCCGUACCACACGGACAGCGAUUGCUCGACGCAGGAUUCAACGUCCGCCCCGAGUCCCGCCACGUACGGUGACAUCGCUUCGCCCUCGUCCGCCUCCUCCGCCAUGACCACGCCGGCCACUACCAGCAGUCCCACGGGCAGUGUGUACGACUAUAGCCGCAAAGCGAGCGCCCUGGACCAUCGAGCCGCGCUGCUGAAUGGAUUCAGUGCAGCCGCCAGCUACCCCAAACUCCACGAAGAGAUCAUCAACAGCCACCGCAAGUUCCAGGCGAAGCUGAUCGAAUCGCAAACGAAGGCGGCACUGGCUGCGGCGGCCACGGCUGCUGCGGCGGCCGCUUCCGCGACACCCCACAACAUGCCACCGCUGGGCAGUUUGUGCAAGACGGUGUCACAGAUCGGACAGCAUGUGGCCGGUACGGGCAGCUUGAACGGAUCGGGCAGUGCAGCGAAUGGGGCGUCGAAUGGUGGUUCCGGUGCUCCGGCCACUGCCAAACCAACGCCAAAGCCCAUCCCGAAACCAGCGCCGAGCUCGGAAACCAAUGGUUCCUCGUCGCAGGACGCUGGCAUGGAGUCGUCGGACGAUGCGAAGUCGGAAACGAGCAGCACCAAGGAUGGAAGCGAAAAUGGCAGCAAUCUGUGGCCGGCCUGGGUGUACUGCACGCGGUACAGCGAUCGUCCAAGUUCUGGUCCUCGCUACAGACGCACGAAGCAACCGAAGGAAAAGGGCGACAGUGAGGAGAAGCGCCCACGGACAGCCUUUUCCAAUGCGCAACUGCAAAGACUGAAGAAUGAGUUCAACGAAAAUCGCUAUCUGACGGAAAAGCGGCGGCAAACGCUCAGUGCCGAGCUGGGGCUGAACGAGGCGCAAAUCAAGAUCUGGUUCCAGAACAAGCGGGCCAAGAUCAAGAAGAGCUCGUCGGAGAAGAACCCGCUCGCCCUCCAGCUGAUGGCCCAAGGUCUGUACAAUCACUCGACCGUGCCGCUCACGAAGGAGGAGGAAGAGCUCGAGAUGCGCAUGAACGGACAGAUCCCGUAAAAAAAAAUAAAACGGAAACGCAUUCGGACGGAUCGCAGAUACACACACACACAUGCUUGACAACCAUCCUAUCCCCAACUUUCACCCACCUUCUAACAGGGUACAAGUAGCGGACGUCCCUAAAGAAGAGCGAUGGCUUAGUUGGUUCGCUGGUGCAAUACUAAGAGACAGAGAGAGAGCGAGAGAGCGCGUAAGAAAAGGAUCAACAAGCAACAAGGUGUGGUAUGGUGGUGAGACGUCCGGAAGGCGACGAGGACAGCAAGAAUCAAAGCAAUACUAUAAAGUGGCUAAUACAACGCGACAAGGAUACCUACUUUAAAUUGAUAAGGGUUACAGAUGUUUGUAAAUUAUUAUCCCUCCAUUUUCCGACAGCUCUCUCGCGCUCUUCUCUGCUUUGGAAAUUCUUUUCAAGUAGCGUCCUAUAUUGUUUAGUGAACUGUACAGUGAGUUUGUAAAUAUAAAAAGAGAGCAAGUUUUUAGCAGUGUUAAGAGCAAAGACGACGCAGCAAACGACAAACCUAACCAGUUGUGGGUUUCCUUUCCUAUUUAGAGUAGAAAACAGAAGUUAUUGCAAAACAUAAAAAGAUCGUUAAAAUGCCUCAAAAUGGUUUCAAUCAUCAAAAGC